AUAAGCUACGCAUAGCCAUCUUCCUCGACCCGUUGUUAUUCACCGUGCAACUCGCCGUAAUUCCUCCCGCCUUCUUUCCGACGCUCAAGCCGCAAACAUGGCGCGACCAAGAGUCUUCUUCGACGUGACCGCCGGCGGCAAGCCUAUGGGCCGCAUCAUCAUCGAGCUGCGUGACGACGUGGUUCCCAAGACGGCGGAGAACUUCCGCGCCCUGUGCACCGGCGAGAAAGGUUUCGGCUACAAGGGCAGCACCUUCCAUCGCAUCAUUCCCGACUUCAUGUGCCAGGGCGGAGACUUCACCAACCACAACGGAACCGGGGGCAAGUCCAUCUACGGGAACAAGUUUGCUGACGAGAACUUCUCUCUGGUCCACACGGGCCCCGGCGUGAUGUCCAUGGCCAACGCCGGCCCCAACACCAACGGCUCGCAGUUCUUCAUCUGCACCGCCAAGACGUCAUGGCUGGAUGGGAAGCACGUGGUGUUUGGCAACGUGGUGGAGGGUUACCCCGUGGUGGAGGCCAUGGAGAAGCUCGGCAGCCAAAGCGGCAAAACCUCGGUCAAGGUCUGCAUCGCGGACUGCGGCCAGCUCUGAGUGUAGCUCCGCCCUCUUUCCACCAUUUCCUCUUUCUGAAGGAAUUCCACUUUGUUUUUUUUACUCUUCCAAACUUGUUUCUGCAUCUAUGACCAAGAGUUUGUUUGCAUUAACUUGAAAGACGGUUUUCUUUCCACCUGAAAUAAAAGAUUCAAACAUC